AUUUUUACCGCCUGGGUGUGGGCGGAGCGGAGGAACGCACAACCAGGAAGACAGAUGGGACCAGUCUAACGUUAAAAAGUCUCUGUGUAAAUACUCGGACUUUUACACUGACUACCGCUUUAUGGCACGUACAUUUUAAAGCGGUAACAGCAAAAAAAAAAAACCAAAACUUUUCUACACUGACAUCCUAUUCUGUCCAGAGUUGAAUUUCUACACUGUCGCAAAGGUGACGAAACGCCUUUUUGUGGACGCACAACAGCUCAGCAACGUUGCCUCAUGAGAAUACCAGGUCCUUUCAGGGUUCUAGUUGUGCUUCUGCUGGUGGUGCUGUCAUGGCUGGUGGGCAGCGCACUCUUCGGAGGCGAAAGUGGUUCGCCCUUGAUUAAUUUCUUCACUGGAAAGAGAGGUGCGAGUGUGGAGCCAACCUCUGCAGAAACUCGUCCUCGAAAGUAUAAAUGUGGACUAUCAGCUCCCUGUCCCCCGAAACAUUUGGCGUUCCGCCUAGUGUCUGGUGCUGCCAAUGUAAUUGGCCCCAAAAUCUGCCUGGAGGACAAAAUAUUGGUGAGCAGUGUGAUGAACAAUGUUGGCCGGGGACUCAACAUAGCUUUGGUUAAUGGGGUCACUGGAGAACUCAUGGAGUCCAAGAGCUUUGAUAUGUGGGCAGGAGAUAUUACGGUGCUGUUGAAGUUUCUCCGGGUGCUCCACGAGGGAACGCUGGUGUUGGUGGCCUCCUGGGAUGAUGCAGCUACCAAGAUGGACGACGAGGCUCGACGACUUUUUGAGGAGCUGGGAAGUUCUGUGGCAAAGAAGUUGGCCUUCAGAGACACCUGGGUGUUUGUUGGGGCAAAGGGCAUCGAAAAUAAGACGCCUUUUGAACAGCUUAUGAAAAACAACAAAAACACCAACAAAUAUGAAGGCUGGCCUGAGUCUCUGGAGAUGGAUGGCUGUAUUCCCCUCAGGCCGCCAGGAGCCAGACCACUUGAACAAGAAGGGGUGUAGAAAGUGAAGGACCAACUGAGAGACUUUAAUCAGGUUUUCAGGUCAUGUGACCGUUUUUGUUGUCCUUACCGUUGCACAGACGUGUACAGACUUCAGAGGUUGCCAUGAAACUUGCCAUAUUUGCUGCAUCCACCGAUGGGGUUUUUUUGUCUGUCGUUUUCUGUGACCUGGUUUUGACUUGUAAUUUGAGGGAAGUAGAGGCCAAAUAUUUCCUGAACGUGUGGCUGAUAAUACCAACAUCACCAGUUUCACUGCAAAGUACUGCAUGUAGGAUUUAGUAAUAUCAUGCAGUAAUAUGUUACAUGUAGAACUCUGAAAGUGUUCAGUUUGUCCUCAUAGGCGUGAACCGAAAACCACUGUUUAAUUGUUAUAAUUAAUAACAAUUAGAAAGAUUUUACUUAAACAAUAAAAUUAUUUUACAUUCUAUUUCUGCCCAUAGAAAUGAAAUAUAAAAUAGUUUCCCUUAAAUGUUACACUGUAGAUCUAGAACAGCACAAUGUAAAUAUUUAAGGUACUUGAAAUCUGACAUUUUAUUUUGAAAUUAAUUCAUAUUUUAUUCUGUUAACAUAAAAUAUGCUGUGAUGUUAAUGUGCACUGUUGUUAUUGUCUUAGGACUUGACUUUUAGAACUUGGUGAUUGCCAGAUGUUUACUGUGUCUUCUGAUAGUUUGGCCUUAAUCAAAUUAUUUUUAUCAUCAAGUCACAGCCUGACAAUUGUGUAGAUUUGCCAAAACACUGCCAAAGGCAUUUAUCAAGUGAAGGGUUUGUUUAAAAGAAUGGUCUAAAAAUAGUGGUUAUUUAUAUUUUUGGGUUCUUUUUUUAUUUUUGCUCAAAAUUGAAUGUAUAAUUCCUGGCAUUCAUCAAGCCAAACACGUAGAAAGUUUGUGACAUAUACAAUUAAAAGUUUAUUUAUGUUUUGUUAAAGGUAAGAUGUGUGUUACAGAUUUUCUAUCAAGACUAAGUUUGUGAGUGUACAGUGACAACGUUAAUAAAUAAAGAAAAAAUAUUUGGUUA